AUGAGUGAGAAAAAUAUGAAAAAAGACGGUGAAAAAGAUACAGUGAUAUUCAAAGUCCCUCCAGUUCCACCUCUGAAAAACAAAGAACGCUCUAGCUACGUCAAUUUCCGAGAAAGAAACAACAUCGCCGUGAAAAAAUGCCGAUUCAAAAAGCGCGAGCAUCUUCGCCAGUUGAGGGAAGAAGCAAUAUUAGCUGUGGAAUCUGCCCUCGUCAAAGACUCAAAAGCAGUUGCCAGAAUCAAGGAUCUGCUGAAAUACAACGACCGAUCGCGAAAGAAAACCGUCCAGAAGAAUGAAUCGGAAAGAAAGAAGUUUCAACGAAGCGAAAUUCUCUAUUUUCCAAAAGAGAGCCCACAAGGUCCUCCGAUUGUCAUUUCCAUCCCUGAAGAUCUUUCUCAGCUCGAACCGAAUUAA